UUUGGAAUUUUCUACGUAUACCGCCAUAGUAUCUUGAUAUCAAUGAAUUUUUAAGUACCGUAUGUUGAAGCUUAUGGCUGGCAACUUCUGGCUUUCUUCUCACUGUAUGCAGUGGUUGUUAGAUAAGCAAGAACUGCUAGCUGGGCGGCAGGUAGAUCUCAAACAUCUGUCGGAGGAAGAACUUUUGAAGAUACAUGUCUUCUUCGCAAAUUUCGUCCAGGCUCUUGGAGAGCUGUUGAAAUUGAGGCAGCAAGUCAUCGCAACAGCAACCGUUUAUUUCAAACGUUUUUAUUCGAGGAAUUCCUUGGGCUGUGUGGAUCCAUUGCUGUUGGCUCCAACAUGUGUCUUCCUUGCGUCAAAAGUUGAGGAGUGUGGGAUUAUUUCCAACACAAAGUUUCCAACCAGUUGUCAGCAAAUACUGAAGAAAUUUAGCUAUGCUUUCAAGAGUGAACUUCCAUAUUUGUACAAAAUGGGACACAUACUAGAAUGUGAAUUCUACUUGCUAGAAAUGAUGGAUUGCUGUCUUAUUGUGUAUCAUCCAUAUCGUCCUCUCACUCAAUAUGUAGCUGACAUUGGUCAAGAAGAGACACUACUUCCUCUUGCAUGGAGAAUAGUAAACGACACUUAUCGAAGUGAUGUCUGCGUGUUGUAUCCACCUUACUUGAUAGCCUUGGCUGCCUUGCACAUGGCAUGUGUAGUACAUCAGAAAGACUGCCAACAGUGGUUUGCAGAAUUGUCUGUAGAUUUUAACAAGGUACUGGAGAUUACUCAGCACAUGCUCCAGUUCUAUAAGAUGUGGAAGAGCUAUGAUGAGCAAAAAGAAAUUAGGGCAAUUCUUAUGAAGGCCCCAAAACCAAAGGCCAGCAGCUCACGGACUGCAUCAACCAAGUCAAGACCUGACAGCACAGCAAGUGGCAAGAUAUCAGCACCUGCAUAUGAUGGACGAUAGACACGUAUAAUGAUGACUAUUACUACAAACUUACACAGUUAGUCGCCACAAACAAGAGACCAAACG